ACCAGCGUUGUCCAGCGUGUGGAAACAACCAGUCAGAUUGGUCCAUUUCGGACAGGAAGCUGUGUUGUUUACAUUUUCCAAGAUGGCGGCGGGGAUGUAUUUGGAGCAUUAUUUGGACAGUAUAGAAAACCUGCCGUUCGAGUUGCAGAGAAACUUCAAUUUGAUGAGGGACCUAGAUCAACGCACAGAGGAUCUAAAAGGACAGAUAGACUCUCUGGCUAAAGAAUACACAGCCAAUGCCCGGACUCUUUCCUCUGAGCAAAAGCUGUCCAUACUGAGGCAGAUUCAGCAGUCAUACAGUAAAUGCAAGGAGUUUGGAGAUGAUAAGGUGCAACUGGCCAUGCAGACCUAUGAAAUGGUCGACAAGCACAUCAGACGUCUUGACACAGACUUAGCCCGGUUUGAGGCUGACUUGAAGGAAAAGCAGAUUGAAAGCACAGACUAUGAUUCCACCUCCAGUAAGGGAAAGAAAGGUGACUCCAGACAGAAGGAAAAGAAGACAGCUAAAACAAGGUCUAAAGUCAAGAGCUCAGAUGAAGAUGGCAGUCCCAAGAGUGCACAGAAGAAAGUCAAACUCCUUCAACCAGGAGAAUUCAACAGCCCUUCCUCCAACUUUGGGAAUGUGCACCCAUCUGAUGUGCUGGACAUGCCAGUGGACCCCAACGAACCCACCUAUUGUCUGUGUCAUCAGGUCUCUUAUGGCGAGAUGAUCGGCUGUGACAACACUGAUUGCUCCAUUGAGUGGUUCCAUUUUGCAUGCGUGGGCCUGACAACCAAACCAAGGGGAAAAUGGUAUUGUCCACGGUGCUCCCAAGACAGAAAGAGAAAAUAGAAACUCCUGGUUGUCCUGAAAGAAAAUGUGGACACUGAUCAGAUGGAAAAUGAGAAGAAUAUUUCUUCAUUAGUUUCUAGAACUUUUUGUUUCUCAUCUUCCUUAUCAUUUGGUGCUUUUUUCUUUGGUUUACGUAAUUUGCCUUGGUCUGAUGCAAUGUGUGUGAAGGAGCCAAGUGGUUACAAUUAUAUUUAAAUAUUGAUUUUUUUUGUAACGGUUAACAAUAAUUUUGAUUUUAGUUAAGUUACUUUUGGUGCUCUUAUUGUGACUUUUUUUACAUUUUGUUUUUACGAGUGGAUAAUGAACACUACAACUGCCCCUAAUGAUAAGUUCACGUUCCAAUGAUAUUCUAGACUGUAUUCACAUGUAUGACUACAAAAUUUAAGUAUUUUCUCUGAAAAUAGUUUGGCCAUGGAUAUUUUUUGCUUUGUUUUAAGGUUAGUUUCUUGUGCUUAGCCUUGGAACACUAGUUUUAUUUUUUAAGUGUGACAAGAGGGCAAAAAAAAUGAAGACAAAUGCUGCAUCCUGACAGUAUUAGUCAUCUGUGGAAGUGAGUUAGACCAUUUCAUUUUAACAUUUGAUUGAGUGCUGUAAAGAAAGUAACACAUUUUGUGAAAAGUAUUGUCAUUUCUGUAGCUGAAACAUUGGUACAGGGGAGAGGGAGUGAUUGUGUUGUCAAUCAUUUGAAUACAGCU